AUGAACGAAGGAGGAUCUGAUCCUGUGCCUGCUGGGGACACCCCCAUGCCGACUACCAAUACUCCGGCCGCUCAUGUUCACCCGCAGGGAGGAAUGUCGCCCGAAGACAUGGCUGGUGAUGGGACUGGACAUCUGGGCUCCUCGGUGGCUUCAUCUUCUGAUGAAAAGGGACAAUUUAAAAAGGGCUCAGUUUCAGAUAUGUCUGCUCUGGUUUCUCGAGUCUCUGAUGCUCUUGGCGAACCUGGCUCUGGUCAUGGCAGUAUUUCUGGCAAAUCGGGAGCACUUGAUGUCGAUGACGACCACGGUGAUAUUAUGGCAACUCAGAUUGGGCCUAACCAGCAUGUGAGUAUCUCAGCCGUACCUAAACAGUGUUUGGAGUAUCAGGUGUCCGAUAAUCUAUCAUACUGA